AUGGGUCAAAAAAGUAAUGCUUUAAGCUUACGAGUGGCUUGGGCCGUCAUAUUGGCGCUCUCGUGUUCUUCGGCAUUCUUUGGCUACUAUAACAACGUUCCUUGUCCGCAGGUGUUCCCUCCGGAUUGGCAAGUCACCGAAAAGCAUCGCUUCAGCAAGGCUGUCACCACGACAGAUGCAGCAAAGGAUCUUGAUGCACGUUUGAAACGAGCGUUUGAUGCCAGUGUAUUGCGAAAACAUCGUGCUGCCACCCUAGAACGGGCCAGCGUGGCUCCAUACAAAAACAUGGAUUUACAGUUAUACCACAAACCACAUCCAGUUCUUAAUCCGCUGGAUCCAAAGUUGCGACCUAAGCCAGAAUGGGGUAACACCACCUUUCCUGACAUCAGCGUCGUGGGCUUUCCAAAGGCCGGAACCACUCAGCUGUACAAUAUUCUCGUUUCACACAGUGAGGCAGAAGCCUUCAACAAGCGCGACAAGGAAUUCUGUUUUGCGGGGAAUGAAUCAUCCUUGUCCCGGAAUAACAACUGGGAAGACUUCGUUCCAGGAUCACGACCGACCACCAUGCAAAUCGAACUCCAGGAAGCCUUGCAUACAGCCUUACAGAAGCACCGAAACCUUAGAACAUCUUCUCAAAAAAAAACUGUAAACGGAUGCUUAAGCCAGCGUAUCGUCUCGGUCGUUUACGACUACUUCAAUCAACCAUCGAAUAAAAAGUUUAUCAUUGCAUUGAGAGACCCUGCGGAUUGGUUGUGGGCCGUUUACAAUUUCUGGGCUCUCCCGGAUAUAGAUACCGUUGUUCCCCGCCCAGAUUGGGCUGCACCAGAGCAACACUAUCGGUCGCCCGAAAUGUUCCACGAUCUUGUAGCCUCCAGUCAUGAGAUGCUUUUUUUUGAAAAAAUGUUGGGAUCAAGGGGGAAGCAUGCUAUGGAUUACGUUUGGCAGUUCGAAGCAAUGGCGGGACGGGAAAAUAUUCUCUACAUUCGCAACGAAGAUCUUCUACCAGGGGUUGUCGCGCGGCCGGGAGGAGUCCUCGACCAGCUGGCUGCUUUUACGGGCCUAGAUCGUAAAGGUUUUGACUCGCAGACGUUCGGCGAGAUAUCCAACUGCAACGACCAGAAAGGGUUUGUGAAAAAAUGUGGAACAGCCAAGAGUAACGCGUACGAAAUCACUGGAGGAAGAUCCAUGCUUCCAGAAACGCGCACUCUGAUAUAUUUACUCUAUUACGAAGAAUGCAAACUGUGGUCGCAAAGAUACGAUGUUGUCUACGAGGACUGUUUGAAUGUGUUGGAGGCAACUAAAUCUUAG